CCGCCCUGCUCCGCACACCCUCCACAAGCCCAGGAUCAGGCAGCGAGUGGGCUCCAACAUGGCGGACAGCGCCAGUGAGAGUGACACGGAUGCGGCGGGCAGUUCAUCGGCGUUGCCGCCCGCCAACUCGUCGGCCGCCUCCAAGGCUGGUAUCGUGAUCUCGGCCUCCAAGCUGGAGGAGCUGAGCAACCGGCUAGCCUCGCUGCAGCAGGAGAACAAGGUGCUGAAGAUCGAGCUGGAGACCUACAAGCUCAAGUGCAAGGCCCUGCAGGAGGAGAACCGCGACCUGCGCAAGGCCAGCGUUACCAUCCAAGCAAGAGCUGAACAGGAGGAAGAGUUCAUUAGUAAUACAUUGUUUAAGAAGAUUCAAGCUUUGCAAAAAGAAAAAGAAACACUGGCUGUAAAUUAUGAGAAGGAAGAAGAAUUUCUCACCAAUGAGCUCUCCCGCAAACUGAUGCAGUUGCAGCAUGAAAAGGCUGAACUGGAACAGACACUAGAGCAGGAACAGGAGUUUCAAGUAAACAAGUUGAUGAAGAAGAUCAAGAAGCUGGAGAAUGAUACUCUUUCCAAACAAUUUACACUUGAACAGCUGAGACGUGAAAAAAUUGACCUUGAGAACACUUUGGAACAAGAACAAGAAGCAUUAGUAAAUCGAUUGUGGAAGCGGAUGGACAAACUGGAAGCAGAGAAGCGUAUUUUACAGGAGAAACUAGAUCAGCCUGUGUCGGCUCCACCGUCUCCAAGGGACAUUUCCAUGGAAAUAGACUCGCCAGAGAACAUGAUGCGACAUAUCAGAUUUUUAAAAAAUGAGGUGGAGAGGCUAAAGAAACAACUCCGAGCUGCCCAGUUGCAGCAUACGGAGAAAAUGGCGCAGUAUUUAGAAGAGGAACGUCACAUGAGGGAAGAGAAUCUGAGGCUCCAGCGAAAACUACAAAGAGAAAUGGAAAGGAGAGAAGCCCUUUGCAGACAGUUGUCAGAAAGCGAAUCUAGCUUAGAAAUGGAUGAUGAAAGAUAUUUUAAUGAGAUGUCUGCACAGGGACUUAGACCUCGCACUGUAUCCAGCCCUAUUCCUUACACGCCAUCUCCAAGUUCCAGCAGGCCAAUAUCUCCUGGACUAUCUUAUGCAAGCCACAGUGUUGGUUUCACUCCACCUACUACUUUGACUCGUGCUGGAAUGUCCUAUUACACAUCACCUGGUCUUCAUGUACAGCAUAUGGGAACUUCACAUGGCAUUGCGAGGCCUUCCCCGAGAAGAAGCAACAGCCCUGACAAAUUCAAACGUCCGACACCUCCGCCCUCCCCAAACACACAGACAGUGGUUCAACUGCCGCCACCGCCACCACCUCCAGUCCAGCCAGCACUUCAGUGUGCAACUUCCCAGCCAGCCCAUCCCCAGCCUUCAGCAUAUCCUCCUGCGCCGCCUCCACCAUAAAGCGCACGUGCUGUGAAGCAACGGCACCCGGAGUGGACUGAUGACCUAAAGCAGUUUACUGAAGCCAAAGGCUUAACUGGCAUCUUUUGGAUUUGAAUUAUUUGCACUGAGAUUAUAUAGGCUUCACCGCUAACUGUGUUGUAAAUGUUUGUCUGGAGGGCAGCCGGUGUUGUUUGUCCACAACACUAAUUUUACUGCAUUUUGUCAGUGUUGACUGGAACCUCAUACACAACCUUCAUCUUGUUGCUUCAAAUAUCUGCCACAUCCAUUUGGUGAUAACAGUACACGAUUGAAUGUCCUGAUGGUUCCAAAGCUUCAUUCCACAGAUUCGUAAAACAAAACACACGCACACACUUAUACAAGAAGACCUUUCAAUGAUUUUCAUUACAAAUUUUGCAGUACUUGCAAGCAUGAUGUGUCUUGUUUUUCUAGGCUGUGUUUAUGCUUCAGUGUUAAUGCUUUUGUGUCUUGUUGGGUUUUGCCAAGCAUUUACAGAAUUAGCACUACAUUUUGGAACAAAGUGGCAAUGGAGUUUUAGGGGAAAUAUUCAGACUUGUCAAACACCAUCACUAAAUCUAAUGUCUACAGGUGGUAUGAUUUGUAUCCAAAUAAAUAGCAUAUAAGCUUAAUACAGAUUCAGUAUUGAAUUUCUGCCAAGUGCUGAGACUGCUUUUAUUUCCCAGCAAAACCAGUUUUGGCAAAUCAGAACCAUUUUGGCAAGGAUCAUUUCCGAGUUUAAUUAACAAAUUUAUUAUGGAUUUGGCUUGUGGCAACAGGAAAUAUCAGUAACAUUUCAUAUUUCAAUCCAGCAAUCAACCAUUUUUGAUGUAAUCUGUAAACUUAGGUUUUAAUGUCUGUGGGCUUUGUAGAUGGUAAAUAAUUUAGGCAAGCGAACUGGUGUGUGCUGUGCUGAUUUUGAGCGAAUGUUGCCUGCUGUAAAAUAUCUGCUUGUGAUGACUAGAAAUCAUCAGCUGAAAUGUUGGUGAAUCCUGCAAAUUCAAGUACCAUGUUGAAAGAACAAAUAGUUUUUAUUUGCUGCCAAAUCGGUUUUCUUAGGGUUUGAAGAUGUGACUGAAAAUACAAGUAACUGUGUUUUUGAACAGAUGCAUUGUGGUGUAAUCUGCUAACUGAGAUGGAAUCCUUUCCAGUUACCUAGAUAUAAUGCAAUUGUAGCCAAAUAAUUCUGUAUUGCUUGGUAGUUAAGGGACAGGCUGCGGAGAGGGCAAGUUCUUGGCUGUAAUGAAAGCUUCAAUAAUAUAAACUGGUACACUGUAUAAAAGGGAGCAACCGCAACUAUAAUUUUCCGUUCAUCCAACAAAAAUAAAUUGUUCGGUUUGACUUUGCAGCAGCAUCAAAAUGUAAAGUGUCCUUUUUUGAAACAAAAAGAGAAAUGCCAUGCUGGAGAGAAGGGUCUGAAGAGAACAGGUAGCUGCCAGCUGUUUAUGUAAACCCUGCGUUUUGCAGCAUUGCUUAUAACAAACCUAGAUAUUUGUUUAACUGAUCAUACUGGGCUGGUGUGCUUUCACUGAGGCUUUAUGCUCCAAGUGCCAAUUUUGGUCUCUGUGAGGUAACUUCUCAAAGCCAAGGCAGCCAGCUGGGAUUGUCCAGAUGAGUUUAGGUGGCAGAGACACUUGACCUGAUUUCUUGCCCUGAUUCCUAUCAGCUGACUCCUGACUGAAAUUCUACCUGUGUAUGUUAGUUGAGAGCAAAAUGAAGUUCAGUUACAGUGUCCCAAUUUUGCCAAGUAUGCUGUCAAUUCACUGUUAAUAUUCACCAUAUAAAUACUGAGCAUUUUAAAACAUUGUUCCAUCAAGCCUGGAAUGCUUGCCAAGUUCAGUAAACCCCCAGCCUUCAAGGAUACUAAUGCAGAGAAGUAGCUUGUAGUUCCCCAGACUCCUAAGGCUGGUGUAUUGAAGGAAGCUGAUUUAAUUUAAUGACUGGUACAGCAUAUCCAAAUAAGAUCAGCUUGUGAAUUUCUAGUGUACAAUAGUUUGGUUACUUUUAUGUACUAUAUAUAGCUUUGGGUACUGAGACCAAUCUCGGCUAUGGUUAAGGUCUACUGUGACUAAGACAAAAUUGGCCUUUUAUGAGGUUUCUGCCAUGGUCUUCUGGAUCAUAAUGCAAAAUCCAACUGUUUCUUGCUGUGGAAACUACAAAUCUGAACUGUUUAAAAGUUUACUUUGUGCACUAUUAAAGUUGGUGCAGGAGUGCAGAAUUUACUGCCAGGAUUUUGAAAGAUGCAAUGCUCCGACCAUCAUCAUCGGAAAGUUCACACCAAACACUUCCUUGUUGGCUCUACCCUCAGAAUCACCCGCCCCCAAACAUGUAUGAUCAAUCUACAGUACAGAUGUUUAACUGGCCAAGUAUUAGAUGACCCAAAUUCUGAUGUUUUAGAGCACUGGAGCAUGUUUGUUUCUCAUGAUUCUGGCAGAGGAAAUUUAAUAAUCAGUUGGCAGCUUCCUCACAAUUGUGCAAUUUAGAUAAUACCUAUCCCCCUGUGAGCAAUGAGAGGUGAACCACUUGUUUCAGGUUAGAUUUGUAAUCUAUUUGGGAUCUAUCGGUGUCCAAACCCUUGUAAUGACACUUAUCCGUUGUAACAUUUCACUGCCUGUGUAGGGGGUUUAUCCUCCAAUAAGACUAUGGUACAGAGUCAUGUUAUCUAUUACCCUGUUUUACCUACAAGCCACAUUAGCAGAGGGGCAAUUCAGCAUACUCCUUCUGGUUAUGAUGUAACCGUGAGUCGUCAGUUUCAAUUGUCAAUUGGUCGAAAAAUACUGGAAGAUAUCAAUGAUUUUAAAAGUUAAGAAACAAAUAUGAACUGGUCACAGUGGUAAUCUUUCUCUUCUCUUCAUAUCUCAAUGUCUGUGUUAAUCUGAUCGCAAACUUCUCAUCUAAAACAAUUUAAUUUCACCAGCCUUAAUUCUUGUUAUGAAAGUCAUUCUGGCAUGCGGUAAUAACGAGCUGUCGGUUUUGACAUUAGGGAGGCCUCUGAGUUCAGUUUAGAUAUGAGGCUGUCAUCCUUUUUUUUUCCUUUUUGAUAUUAAACAUGGUUCCCAUGGUGGUCUUACAGAAAAUAUGGAGGAAAGAUUCAAGGCCUUUCAGUCUGGCUGUUUGGUGCAAGGACUGUUCACAAUUGGUUGCUUGGCAUGAUGGUUUACAGGAAUAAUUUUCUGUCCAAGAAUUGGAACCUCUAAUCUAACUACAGUCUGGUUUGACAACUGAAGAUAGUAAUGUUGAACAAUCUGCGUAUUGUUAUUCGGGCUAGUCAUUGAACUAUUUGGUCUUCUGGCCUCAACUUUACAGAGGGAAUAGUGAGAUUUUCUAUAGUGAGCUUUCCCAUCUGUAGUAUUGGGCUUACUGACCCAAGCCCAGUGGAGAGGGUUCCAGAUAACAUAAUGAGAUGGUUCGUUCAGUGAUGUAUGCCUUUGAUCUCAAUGUUUAAGAAUUGAGCUGGCAUUAAUACUCAUUGUGGUACAUGCAUAAUUUGCUUUUAAACCAUAAUAGUAUGCUGAUGAGACUUUGUACUGGAGUACAUGGAACAAAAAUAACCAAACUUUUCAGUAAUGGUACUUUAACCACCAGUAUUAAAAUAGCUCCUUUAUUAUAGGUUUCAAUGUUUUUUCUGUUUUUGUCACCUAAGUAAAAACGGAUUUUUAAAAAUUUAUCCGCGGGGCAAGGGCCAUACUGGCCGGGCCGGCAUUUAUUCCCAUCCCUAAUUGCCCGGAGAGCACUUAAGAUCAGCCACAUUGCUGUGGGUCUGGAGUCACGUGUAGGCCAGACCAGGUAAGGAUGGUAGAUUCCUUCCCUAAAUGACAUUAGUGAAAGAGGUGGAUUUUUCCUGACAGUUGACAUGAUAUCUGUUUGACUAACCUAAUUGUUAAUUAAUCUUUGCAAUUGCAUAUUGAGAACAGCACAAUCACUCCAAUGGUACACACUAGUUUCUACAUUGAUCUUGAAUCUAAAAGUUUAAAUUUUGGUAAAUGCAGUCCAAUAAUGGUGUAUAAGACAAUUAUCUGCUUCAGAUUGAAGGGCAGAAUAGAAUGGAUGGGAAUUGCUGCAUUUCAGAAUGUACCACUUUCUGUGCAUUGUUUAUUCUAAAGCAAAGCAACUUGCAUUUAUGUAGUGUGUCUUAUAUUCACAGGACAUCUCCAAAGGGCUUUACAGUAUGUUUCAUAUUUGAACGGUGAUAAUUGCUUUCUCCGAAGACUAGAAUAUGCAAGCCCAUGUGUCUACUUCUAAGUCCAGAAAAUUAGGACUUGUUUUCAAAAGACAUUUUCAAUAAUGACCUAAUCGCUGAUUUCUGUUUUAAUUUCAGCUUGUCCUUGCCUAUUGACAGUCAUAAAAUUUGUUUCUUUUAUAAUCUGCCCCAGUCUUAAUUUCCAGUUCAUAAAAUUUUCCAGUUCAUUGUGCUCCUGAGAUGCUGCUUGGCCUGCUGUGUUCAUCCAGCCUCACAUUUUAUUAUCUUGGAAUUCUCCAGCAUCUGCAGUUCCCAUUAUCUCUCAUCUUUAAUUUCCAGUUCAUUAUGUUCUGCACUAUGAUGUAGACUGAAGGAAAAUCUUCCCUUGAAACAUUAGCAGUGAGCAAAAUCUUUUGGGUGAACGGUAUUUUAAAUCUGCAGCUGUCAUGCAUACUAUUUGAACUAAAACCUAAAUAUUCUGUCAAAUGAUUUAUUGUAGCUAAAAUUUCGUUGUGGGGGCUGGUUUGGAUAGUUGACUGGAUGGCUGGUUUGUGAUGCAUAGUGAUGCCAGUAGCGUAGGCUCAUUUCCUACACUAGCUGAAGAUAGAAGCCAGAAUAGGUCAUUCAACCCCCUCAAGUCUGUUUUGCCAUUCUUCAUUUUGAUGGCUGUUUGUCAAGUUCAAAACCCUAAUCCUGCCUUCUCCCAAUAUUCCCUGAUACUUUUAGCCAUGAGCUUUAACUGCCUCCUCUUCGAUGUCAGGUUAAAUAGCAACCUUCAUUUAAUUAGCAACUUUACUUCUGAGGGUAGAUAGAGAGCUGCAACAUUUACGUGUGUUUAGAAAGUAUGUUUAAACGUAUAGUUGUUUUGCAGAGUCCUAAUUUCUUCCUCUUCUCAGUAUAAACAUAAGCAUAAUUCCACUUUGUUUCAGUGACUUGAAAUAUCUCAACCAUAUUAGUUCUGUGUGCUUGCAUUGCUUUGUACACCUGCAUUUUUUUUAAAGAACUUGACUCAGAUUUAUUCCAGAUUGCACCAUUGCCUUCCAAAUGCCAAUUCAUAAAUGUCAUUAUUACUAGAAUUUAACAAGUUCAGUAAUUUUGUUUUUGCUUAAACGCCAGAACUGUGUCCACGUCUUUGAGUUAAGUGAUUACAAUGUCACACCUUGGCUUAGGAAGUAAAGUCUCAAAACUUUUUAAUUUCCCCCCCUUGUUUUCUAUUCCUCUUUUGGUAAAUCUGAAUGUGUAGCGAUCUUAUAUCUGUGUACAUAAUAUACAUUAGAUAAAUGCAAGAUUGGGGAAAAUUUCUGGAAGUUGUUCUUUGAUUGCUUUGAUUCACAUUUAAUCCAAGUUGAAACAAUCUUUAGUAUACUGUACCCAAACUUCUGAAUUACAUGAUGAAAACAAACAAAUUCUGACAUGUGGAAACAUUUGAGUGUUUACAGUAGCAAACAAAACAUUGUGUAAGAUUUGAUUGUAGUUUAUAUUAUGGUUUAUUUUAAAUCGAUGUGUUUACAAUCUAAAGAUUAUUUAGGUGCUUCACAAAUUUACAAAAAUCACUUCAAGGGCUAUCUUUUAUGGUUGACUUCAUAAAGCAAACAAUGAAAUAAUUGGUUCUACAUAGUUACUCCUGCUUUCUAAGGUCUGAUUUGGGCUAGUUACAUUUCUAUAGAUAAAUAUUACAGAAGUGCCUUUUUUUGAUUAGAUGACGUCAAAUUUUUUUGUGGAAAUAAUGCAUUCAUUUACAUGUGCAUUUUCGUUCAGCCUAAGAAGUGUUUGGCCCAUUUAUGCGCGCACCUUUUAUUAAGUACUGAGCUUUACAGCAGGAAAUGUGUCUGAACCCAAAUGUUUGUCCCCUGUUAAUUGAUCUGAAAUUUGCUAAUUGUGGUGAAUUAUUUUUCAAACCUCAAGUAGAGGAACCUGAGCCGUGUAGAACUACUUCUAGUUUUAUUUCAAAAUAACUAAGUUUAGGUAGCGGACACCACAUUAAGAAAACCCAUGUACAAUAUCAUUGUUUUCUUGUAACUGAAAAUGCUAAUAAAAUGCUUUGUACAAA